AUGAUCUUCGGUCUUCCGACCGAUGGUCUUCCAGUGACAGGGAUGACUUUGAAUAGUUUCGAAGCCUUAGAGGCGGAGUGUCUGCACCAAUUUGGGGUUGCACCGUUAAAGUCGCAGUGUCGAGGAAGCAGCAUAAAACUUACGUGGCUACGGGAUUUAAAAGAACGGUUACAGUUGACUGAUGAAAACAGUAUACAGGUGUACGUUAAGUGCCACAUAAUGUUGUUGAUCGGUACGAUCUUGUUUGGAGACAAGACUGGGGCAUUUGUCCACUGGAAGUUUCUGCCUCUUCUCAAUGAUUUUGUUAGUAUUGGACAGUAUAGUUGGGGAUCAGCAUGCCUGGCACACCUGUACAGGAGUUUAUGCAGGGCAUCACGGUUUGACUGUAAGGAAAUCGAUGGUCCGUUAACACUUCUACUAGAUAUUUUUCUUGACAUCUCCGAAUCAAUCUUCUCACAAAUCACACCUUUAAGCUCUUCAAAUAAAAUUGUGAAUGGAAUAACAACAUCCAACGGAUCUUCACAAACAAAUUUUACCCCUUCAGACGUCUGCAACAAAAUCUGA